AGAGAGAGAGUGACAGAGAGGAGAGAGAGAGAAGGAAAACAAAAUGGAAGAAUUGGGGAUGAGUGGGUGGAAUCAAUUGGGGGUUGUUGGCACAAUUUAUGAAGAAGAAAAUGAAGAUUCAUAUUCAUCUUCACCUUCAACCAUACCUUCUCCGGAAUUCACCCCUUCUCCCACCACCCAACUUUCCGGCGCGGCGGCGCAACCGUGGUCAUCGGAGAGGAGGCAUGAUCCAGAUGUGGUGAUACAUGUUCAGGAUUCUUCUUUUCGCCUUCACAAGGGGGCAUUAACUGCAAAGAGUACCUAUCUGAAAGGGCAGCUCACCGAAUUCCCCGAAAUAACCCUCUCCCCGCCGUUAAACAUAACGGCCCAAACAUUCUCCUUAGUAACGGACUUCUGCUACGGCAGCCACGUCGCCGUUACUCCGUUCAACGUCGCUGCGGUCCGGACGGCGGCGGAGCUGCUCGGGAUGACGGAGGACGGCGGCGGACCGCCGGGAGAAGAGAACUUGCAGCAGAAAACGGAGGCGUAUUUCCGUCAGGCAAUUUACGUGAACAAGGAGUACGCGUGUAUCGUGCUGCGGUCGUGUUUUCCGCUGCUGCCGGAGGCGGAGACGGCGGCGGCGCUCGUGAGUAGAUGUGUUGAGGCGUUGGCUUUGACGGCCGAAUCUGACGGCGAUAUGAGCUGUUUGGAAGGAUUCAAGAGCGUGGCGUUUGACGAUUUACAGGUGAUUCUGGAGUCCGUUAGUCAACGCUUGACCGACUGUCACGAUCUUCUUUACAGAAUCAUUGACAUUUAUCUCAAGGAGAACAUCGAAACGGUGUCGGAGGAUGAGAAAAUCCAAAUGUGCAACCACAUAGACUGCAGCAUCCUAACACCAAGACUCCUCAUGCACGCCGUACAAAACCCGAAAAUGCCCCUCCGAUUCGUCGUCCAAGCCAUGUUCCUCCAGCAGCUCAACACCCGCCACUCCAUCAUCUCCGCUGCCACCUCCUCCCCCGACCACCACCACCCCCACCCCCGCCGCAUCCACCAAGAACACUCGAAAAAAGACCCCGUCACCCUCGGCGCCAUACUCGAGCGCGACGCCGCCCUCCGCCAGGUGUCGCAGCUCAAGUCCAUCAUGACCGCCACCAACUCAAGAAUCCAAACCCUAGAGAAAGAGCUCCACGGAAUGAGGCAACUGUUAAACGAAUCGGAGAGUGUCAAGAACCGGGCCGGGUCGGGUCGGUCCGCGAGCUUUCGGUUCAGCUCCGAGCCGACUAGUAGAAACUACAACAAGAUCGAAAGGGGACAAAUGGGUUCGAUUUCGGCGUCGAGUUUUAGGAGCCUCGCCGAACGGGGUAGGAGAACGGAGAUUUCGUCUUCGUCGGAGGAGUCAUACUCCGACGGGAGCUCCGGCGGCGAGAAGAGUUUCGGCCAGAGAUUAAUGAGCGGAUUGAAGAGUGCUUUCCGUCUUCAGAAGAAGAAGUGUAGUAGUGAGAGCAAAGUGCCGGUCAAGAUUAAUGGUGAAAAUUUGAGGGAAGAUGGAAACAAGGACAAUAUUGUCAUUAUUAAAAAAGAUCAAGCCUUUCACAGGCGCACUCGCUCUCGAUCGUAAUAUGUAGGUUAAUUAAUAAUUAUUACAUUUUUUUUGUAUUAUAUUAUUUAAGUUUUUUUUUUUGGGUAUGAACUAGGGAUAUUUUUUCCCAAUAAAACAUGUUUAAAAAGUUUUGAGUGUUGUUGAUUA